CAGCUGUGGUUACACAGGUGUUAUGAGAGCCUGAAGGCGGAUUCUCUAGCAAGGCACAACACCACAGCUGGGUGCCCCGCACUCCAUCUGACUAACCUUCUCGCUCCGCACACUCUUCUCACCUCUCAUCCUUUCUCAUCUCCAUUUCUCCAAUACUUUGCCUCUUCUGUCUUUAUCACAAGUCAGAAUAGAUUGCAGUGGCACCGGGACCAACUUGACUGUGAGACUCCUUCUGAAUGAGCCUUGGCGUGCUGCCAGAAUAGGCAGAGAGUGCAUGAAGAGAUGAAAGAAAAGGCAGAGAGAGGAGAAAAAAUAUAAAGCAGGACUGAGAGAUUGGACUCUUAACAAGAGCUGGCUAGAGAAAGUUGAUAGAGGAGAGGGGGAUGAAAGAAAUGAAGAUUAGGAAAAUGUCAGUGUAGGGUUUUGAACAAGUGAUAUGCAAAGGAUUUGGAGAUAAAGAAGAAAAGGAAAGAGAGAAUGAGGCACUAAAAUACGGUUAAAAUAAACAGUCCUGAUGAACAGCCAGAGAGUAGAGAUGGAAAGAAACACAAGUGCAACCCCCAGCUGAUACAACCUCCUGUCCGCACAUACACACAUACAUACACUCGUCCGCCCACAGUCACCAGAGACCUGAUUAAGAGAGCAGAGCUAUCGAUCUGUGGGCUGGCAGGCCAGGAUGGAUGAGCAGGCAGGGCUGGAAGAGCACCAGAGGACAGCUUCAGUGCCCCCAAAUCCCCCCGCCACUCUGCCCAACCACCCACGCCAGAGCUGGGAGUUGGCCAGGGCCACGCAGGAAGGCUGGGGCUGCCACGCUGAGGCUGCAGCUAGCAUCUGAGGGCUAAAAUCAGAACUGAAGAAUAUAGAACUGGUGUGCAGUAAUAGAUAUACUCCACUGUAGGUGUGUGUGUUUAGGGGGGCACUCAGGACAGGUUCCAGUGCCUCCCUGGUGCACACAAGGGGGAGGGGAAGUUGGUGGAUAUUCCCUGGACUCGUGCUUGAUGGAGUGCUCGUGCCCUUGAACUAUAUCCACCUCCCUCUCUGUCUCUCUCAAACACACACACACAUUCAAACACUCCCUGCCUGUGUUUGCUGGAGCGUGGUGGAAGAGGUUGUCUGCAGAUGGCUGCUUAUUGGGCCCCAGGGUCCUUGAGGGUGGGUUAUGGGGGACACCGGUGAGGUUGUUUAUGUGUUCGAGACACAUGGAAAGUUUGGGUAGAAUGGCAAAGGUGUAAAAGAAGCAGGUGAUGUUAAAAAAAAAAGACAACAAGAGAGUUUAUAUUGUCAUGUUGUUUUGGUGUCUUUUUACUUUGUCACAUGUUUAAUGUAAGCCUGCCUGCAAGUUGAUAUUUAAUUUAGUUUCCUUGUCAGACGAUAGACACAUUAGGUUAUAAAAGGAACCAGCUGGCAUCACAAGCUAACAAAGAAUUGAAACAGUAUUACAUUUCAAAGAGAUAUUUUUUAUUACAUCGAGCACACUGAUUGAAUGCCAGUUCAUUCAAUCAUUGAUUCAUUUUCUCUACCCACUUUUCAGAAUCAUAUCCCAGCAUAGACCUAGUUGAAGGCAGACAGAAAUGCUUGACAGUUUGCAACUUCACCACAGGACUGAAAGAGACCCAUGGGCAGUCAGUCAAAUCGUUAUAAACAGAACAAAGGACACAAAGACAGCUGAUGAUCUCUGCUGAACCUCUUCACAAUGAGGAAGAGCUGCCUCCUCAGGCCCUUUACCCAUGGAGAAACCAAGGCAAGGGAAUGGUCAGGGUGAAGAGGGACUGGAUCAUCCCUCCAAUCAGAGUGCUGGAGAAUAGCAAGCAGGUUCCCGAAGAACUUGUCCAGAUCAAAUCAGACAAAAUCUUUACCGGUGAGGUGAUCUACAAGUUAGAGGGACCAGGGGUGGACCAGGAGCCCAAGAAUCUAUUUGAGAUUGAUGAUAAAACAGGAGUAAUCAGGAGCAAGCGGCCUCUGGACAGAGAGAAAUACAACAGCUUCACGCUGAAAGCCUUUGCGCUGUCCCCCAGUGGAGAGAGACUAGAGAAUCCUACCACCAUAGAGAUAAUGGUGCUGGAUCAGAAUGACAACAGACCGGCCUUCAUCCAGAGCCAGUUUGUUGGCACUAUCUCUGAGUUCUCAGUCCCAGGCACAUCAGUGAUGUCAGUGUUAGCCACUGAUGCAGAUGACCCAAUGACAGAUAACGCUUUUCUGAGCUACUCUAUCAUUGGCCAGGAGAGCAUUCCUGCCAACGCUGUUACCAAGACUAUGUUUGGUAUCAACAACCAGACCGGAACCAUCCACACAAGAGAUGUAGGCCUGGACCGAGAGGUGGUGAAAAGUUUCAAAUUAAAACUGCAGGUUGCAGAUAUGGGGGGCAUGGGACUAACAAGUGAAGGUGUGGCAAUCAUUCAUGUAUCUGAUAUCAACAACCACGCCCCACUGUUCAGUCCAGCCUCGUACAGCAUGAUAGGAGUGGAGAACAGGAAGGACUAUGAGAUUGGCCGGGUGAAUGUUACCGACAGAGAUGAUGGAACAGGAAACUGGGAGGCCAAAUACUUCAUUGCCAACAACCCUGAUGGCAACUUUGCAAUCAAAACGGAUCCUGCCACCAACCAGGGCGUUCUGACGGUGGUGAAGCCUUUGGAUUAUGAAGCACAGGAUGAGUAUACCCUGACUCUGACGGUGGAAAAUAUCAAUCCUCUGAGCAACAAGGCUCCCAACCUCCCAGCGAGCACCGCUACUGUGGUGGUGACCGUUGUGAACGAGAAUGAAGCUCCACAUUUCAGGGAGGACCCCAUACAGAUUGUGGUCCCUGAAUCUGUGGCUCCUGGGACUUUACUGAGAAGCAACAUUGCCUUUGACCCUGAUAAUUCUGACCUGAGGUAUGAGAUUAGCAGAGAUCCUGAGAGGUGGCUGGACAUCAACAGAGAUACAGGAGACAUAACUGCCAAGAGAACCUUUAACAUGCGGUCUCCUAAUGUUAAAAACAAUAUCUACAAAGCUGUUGUCAAGGUUACAGAUGCUGGUGGUGUGUCGACCACUGCCACAGUGGCCAUCACACUAAAAGAGACCAAUGACUUCCCCCCUCAGCUCUUCCCUCUGAGUGGCUCUGUCUGUAGGGGUGCCGGCUGGACGAGUUCUGGUCUGGUGGUGACUGCUGUGGAUGAAGACCUUCCUCCGCACACUGUACCCUUCACCUUUGAAAUGUCCGAUGAUGUGUCAAUCAACUGGACUAUUAUCCAAGUCAACGAUACCCAUGCUGUGCUGCAGCCCCUCGUAGAGCUGGAGGCAGGAGAGUAUGCGGUCACAGUGUUCGUGUCUGACUCCGGCAGCCCAGUUCUGAGUUCUUAUGCUCAAGUCAAUGUCACUGUGUGUCUCUGUGACUCCUUUGGAGAUUGUAAGUCUGAGGCAGGGGCUGUCCUAGGCUCCAGUGUGGGAAUCAGCUUCAUCGCUCUCAUUAUCAUCAUGGCCAGUAUUGCACUUCUGUUGUUGCUGCUCCUCCUGGCUGUGGCGGUGACCACAUGUGGGAGACGCCACCACAUCAAGAAAGGAACAGGUCUUCUUGUUGGGGAAUCAGAAGACGACAUCCGUGACAAUGUCUUCAAUUAUGAUGAGCAAGGAGGGGGUGAGGAGGACGAGAAUGCCUUUAACAUCGACUUGCUGUGGAAUCCCCAUGACGUACCUUCGACACCCGGGUCCUACUACCCAGGGUCUGGUAUUCCUCGAGGCAAGCAGCCCCUCAGGAAGGAUGCCCCGCAUAACUUGCCCUCACCCAUCUACCCACGGAGGCCUCCUGCGGAUCCCACUGACAUCGAGGACUACAUCAAUGAGGGCCUGGAGGCUGCAGACAACGAUCCUAACGUGCCUCCAUAUGACACAGCGCUGAUCUAUGACUAUGAGGGAGAGGGCUCACUGGCAGGCAGCCUCAGCUCCAUUGCUUCAGGCAGCUCUGAUGGAGACCAAGACUACGACUACCUCAACGACUGGGGACCACGCUUUAAGAAACUGGCCAACCUGUAUGACCCACGCUGAGGUCCACAGCGCCCCACAGAAAGAAGACUUGUGUGAUUCACCGCCGGUCAGGGACACAGAUCAUACCUCAGGUGUUUUUCUGGACAAAAAAAAAAGAUUUUAGUCUAGGACAAGAUCUGAAGUGUGCCAAGGAAAAAUAAAUGCCAUUUAAAACCGUGGACUUUUAAUCUAAUGUGCCUUAGGUUAUAUUGAGGAUCUUUUGGACAAAACUGACAAAAUGGCUUGUUAAAAUGAGACAGUGAAGUCGUGUGUUGACAUGAUCAGCCAUGAGGGGAAGGACCUGUGCAUGCUAACGAGGCAAACAGGAUGUGUGUUGAAAUGAUUGUCCACGUCUGGUUAUGUUUAUACUCUUUAGACAGCUCAGUAAUGAUGCAUAUGAGCCUGAGAUUAAAAAAUAAAUUUAAAUGUAUCUUUUUUAUAUAAGUGAUUAUUUUAUAAGA